CUGAAUGGGGGUGUUGGGGGUGUACAGUCCUGCCCCUGAAAUCACAUGCGUGAAAACUUGUGGUGGCGCUACAACAAGAUGGCCUGAGGGCGAGGACACAAAAAAACACCUAAAAACUAAAGUAGUUAGUACAAUUAUGUGUCUAUUUACGACUGACUUAGGUUUAUAUGGAAUUUAAAAAGUUAAAAAAUCAUCAGGUUGUUAAAAAGUAACUAAAACUUUAUGCAUUUUUUUGGUGAUUAAAAAUAAAAAAAAAAAGAUCUUUAAAGAACACAGAUCUAAACAAAGAAGCCGAAUUACUGUUUAGAAAAAAAUGUGUUUUCUGUGCAUGUUAAUUCUGUGCGAGUUUAAGAAACUAGAGCAACGAAAAAUGGAAUAAAUUUGAAAAAGGACGAACAUCUAGAAUUUAAGAUUCAGUGAUCUGAUUUGAAGUCCUAUCUAUUCAGCCGAAUAUUUAAAAGUUGGGUUUAGGAUAAACUUUUCAUGAAUUAAUGAGUGACAGCAAGUUACAGAAUCAUGAAGUUGACAAUGAGACCAAAAGAAUUUCUUGGAAGACUUUACAGUGAAUCCAGUCUCAGGUUUCGCCUUCUGGCCCUAGUCCUUGGCAUGUUUUUGUUGACUCUGCUAGUAACCCGAUACCAGUCGUGGUGUGUUCGAUUCCCAGCACUUUUAUGGCUUCGAUAUGACAUAUGCAAAGCUUGGGAAGAUUUCAGCUUCACGCCAGACUUUGACCAAAGUCAUAGAUGGUGGCAAAUAGCUUGUCAGCUUGAAAGCGAUUGGGAAACUAUUGACUAUGAGUGUAAAGAUCUAAGACGGAUGGGCAACUGGCCAGUUUGUUUCGAUGAACCAUUUCGACCACCGGACAAGAACAAACCAUGUAUUGUCUACUCUUUUGGCAUUGCUUUUGACUUUCGAUUUGAUGACGCUAUGGCCAAAUUCAACUGUACUGUGUUCUCCUUUGACCCGAGCAUGCAAGUCAAAGACCAUCGACGGGGCGACAACGUUCACUUCCGGAAACUGGGUAUUGGCGCCAAAGACAAUGCUGAAUUUAAACCCAGACUCGAUGGCUACACGAAACCAGAAGAUCAUUGGAAUGUCAGGUCUCUGGGCUCUAUCAUGAAAAUGCUUGGACACACAGCCACAUCAAUCAGUCUACUCAAGUUGGACAUUGAAGGUAAUGAAUGGUCAGUCUUGACCAACCUUUUGGAUGAAGGAAUACUCGAGAAGUUGCCACAGGUUCUAAUUGAGUGGCAUAUCUUCAAUGACAGUCCUCCGCACGAGAUGUACCCGAAGAUGAGUGAAGAUUAUAUUCGGUUUCAAUCACUAGGAUUCCGAAAAUUCUGGAUGCGCAAUGAAGGCCGAAACCACUGGAUUCCAAAGAUGGUAACUCAAGCAGAAGUGGCCUACAUCAAUAGUAAAUAUAUCAGAACGCAGUCAUCCCUAAGGUGACACGUGACACACGGCCUGGUUUAAUGAGUCCAUCUGGUAACAUUGAGAGACAGUUACUGCAUUUAUUGUAUUCCUGAGCAGACAGGGAACUUGGCACGGAACAUUCAGAGCAAAGUGUCUGUUACCUAUGGAAUGCAAGGGCUAUAUAUAUAUAUAUAUAUAUAUAUAUAUAUAUAUACAUUGCCAUUGCUUAUUGAUGUUUACACUAACAGUUAAAAACAGUAAUCUGUCUUUUGUUUCCACUUUGUAUGGCUAAGAUCCCGUUUACGUUCUUUAAGCAAUAAAAUCAAUAAGAUAAAAAGAAGAGAAAGCACUAUGAAAAAAUAUGGUGGCGAUAUAAUGGAAAUUAAAGAAAAAUCUAAGAAAAUGAAGUAGCGUAAAAUUUCGAAAUAGACUAAGUUUAAGUAAAUGUUAUCAACGCCACGUUCAUUGUUGGCAAUUAAAGAAUAAAAUUAGUUUGUGGCAAGAGAAAUAACAUAAACAUUAAGGUGUUACGAAUGGACACUAAUUAGUAUAUUGUUUAGAAAAGAAAAAAUACUUAGUAUAUCAAUACUUCCGUUUUAUGAACAGCAAAUAAAGCAACAAAGCUAUUUAUAGAUGUACCUUCAUAUACUGACGUCUCCACGUGUAUCUAAGUCUUAGAACAUUGAACUGGUUGUUAGCAACAAAUAAUAGGCUGUCUGGGAUCAUAAAUGGGUUGUCUACAGAAAAAAGAUUGUCAUAGAUAGUGAAAGUAUUGUCCAAUAGAAAUGAGAUUUGUUGUCUGAAAUAAUUGUUGGCUUGCACGAAGUUGUAUGGGAUUGUCUAAAAUAGUGAAAAGACUGUCUGAAAUAGUGGAAAAGACUGUCUGAAAUAGUGGAAAAGACUGUCUGAAAUAGUGGAAAAGAAUGUCUGAAAUAGUGGAAAAGACUGUCUGAAAUAGUGGAAAAGAAUGUAUGAAAUAGUGGAAAAGACUGUCUGAAAUAGUGAAAAGACUGUCUGAAAUAGUGGAAAGACUGUCUGAAAUAGUGGAAAAGAAUGUCUGAAAUAGUGAAAAGACUGUCUGAAAUAGUGGAAAAGACUGUCUGAAAUAGUGGAAAAGACUGUCUGAAAUAGUUGAAAAGACUAUCUGAAAUAGUGAAAAGACUGUCUGAAAUAGUGGAAAAGACUGUCUGAAAUAGUGAAAAGACUGUCUGAAAUAGUGGAAAAGACUGUCUGAAAUAGUGAAAAGACUGUCUGAAAUAGUGGAAAAGACUGUCUGAAAUAGUGGAAAAGACUGUCUGAAAUAGUGGAAAAGACUGCCUGAAAUAGUGGAAAGACUGUCUGAAAUAGUGAAAAGACUGUCUGAAAUAGUGAAAAGACUGUCUGAAAUAGUGGAAAGACUGUCUGAAAUAAUGAAAAGACUGUCUGAAAUAGUGGAAAAGACUGUCUGAAAUAGUGGAAAAGACUGUCUGAAAUAGUGGAAAAGACUGUCUGAAAUAGUGGAAAAGACUGUCUGAAAUAGUGGAAAAGACUGUCUGAAAUAGUGGAAAAGACUGUCUGAAAUAGUGAAAAGACUGUCUGAAAUAGUGGAAAAGACUGUCUGAAAUAGUGGAAAAGACUGUCUGAAAUAGUUGAAAAGACUAUCUGAAAUAGUGAAAAGACUGUCUGAAAUAGUGGAAAAGACUGUCUGAAAUAGUGGAAAAGACUGUCUGAAAUAGUGAAAAGACUGUCUGAAAUAGUGGAAAAGACUGUCUGAAAUAGUGAAAAGACUGUCUGAAAUAGUGGAAAAGACUGUCUGAAAUAGUGGAAAAGACUGUCUGAAAUAGUGGAAAAGACUGCCUGAAAUAGUGGAAAGACUGUCUGAAAUAGUGAAAAGACUGUCUGAAAUAGUGGAAAGACUGUCUGAAAUAAUGAAAAGACUGUCUGAAAUAGUGGAAAAGACUGUCUGAAAUAGUGGAAAAGACUGUCUGAAAUAGUGGAAAAGACUGUCUGAAAUAGUGGAAAAGACUGUCUGAAAUAGUGGAAAAGACUGUCUGAAAUAGUGGAAAAGACUGUCUGAAAUAGUGGAAAAGACUGUCUGAAAUAGUGGAAAAGACUGUCUGAAAUAGUGGAAAAGACUGUCUGAAAUAGUGGAAAAGACUGUCUGAAAUAGUGGAAAAGACUGUCUGAAAUAGUGGAAAAGACUGUCUGAAAUAGUGGAAAAGACUGUCUGAAAUAGUGGAAAAGACUGUCUUGAAAUAAAAGUUUAUUUCAUUUGUUAGAAUCUGUUGUUAAAAGUUCAAACCACAUAGAAAUACAGUUGUAGAACGGAAGAUAAAGUAAAAUGUAAACAAAAAAUCGACUCCACCAGACAUUGAGACUUCCUUUGUUUUUAUUGCCAUGUAAAUAGUCGUAUUUCAAUUGUUUUAUUGAUCUUUGAUUUUGUAAAGUCUAAUUGUUUACUAGUACUUGCUAGAGUUUAGUCGGAUUGUUUGGACUUGAUAGAGUUUAGCAAUUAUUUGCUUGGACUAGUUGAUUCAACUGUCGUAAGGCAUAUCAUUCGGUUAACAUUUAAAAAAAACACUUUCAAACCCUUACCUAAAGCAUCAGAAGAGAACUAUCGCAAUGUUAUUGUAGGUAAAAAAAAAUAUUUCAAAAUUGAUCUUUUCGAUUGUAUUUAGAAACUAGUAUCUUUCGGCUAAUUUCUCACGCGUGACAGGUCAAAGUUGAACGUUGUUUCUCAAAACCACUGAUAAGUCAUUACCAGAAUGAAGCACUGAGAAUAACAGAUCAAUCCUUGCAAAAAUUUGUUAGAAAUGAAUAAAAAAAAUUGACAAUAAUACCAAGAAUUACAUUUCUAAAUAAAAGAUUGUUUCCUUUUCUUGACCUGUGUGACGUCAUAGUAUGAGCCUUAAAAAAAAAAUAAAGAAAAAAAAUUGUAAUAAGACGACAUAAAGAUAACACAACUUUUUUCUUCAAGUUAUUGUCUCCCUUGACUUAACACUUUGUAAGUUAACAUACUGUUGUUACAGUUUUGUAUAUAUAUGUGUGUGUGUGUGUAUGCAUGCAUAGUCAAAGUAUAGAACGCAUAGGUUUAAUGUUUUUAAACACAUUGUAAUAUAACCAAUACAUUAUUUUUGUAGUAUUCAA